AUGCUGCUCUACAUGCUGUCGAGAUACGCUGUGUGUGCACGUACAAAAGAGGAUAAAGAGUCGUGGAUUCGUCAGAUCCCGUUGCUAGUUUUAAUGUACGAGGGUAUCGCUGCAGGAGCCUUGAACUUCGACUACGCACCUGCAGCUAUGGUCAUCGCACAAGAGGGAAGGCCUAAGCGCAUCUGGAUGAACACAACACAAGACGGUAAAUCCGCUAUUGACGAUCUACGAGAGGCUAACCUUAUUAACGGUUUAAAGCUCUCGACCAAGGAUUAUCACUCAGUGACGGCGUUCCAGGUUUCUCUGCGUGGACUUCAGUUGUUGUCUCAAGUUAGUAAGGAACUCAAGGCCAACGUCGAUGCCUUUAUCUUCGCUCCGAAACCUUAUCGUCGAGAACUCCUAAAAAUCCGAUACAUUCCGAUUCGAGACCCUCCAGAUGCCAAUACAACAAUAGAAGCAAACGUCCCUGCUUGGACGUUCACAAGGGGAAGUGAUAAACACCUCAUGGCUGGAGUAAGUGGGGAGAUCCAAAUUAAUGAAGAAGAACCCGAGUUUAACGAAGAAGGUCGGUUUAUUCUGGAAUCCAUCGGAUAUUUCAGAUACUCCGGAGUGACUGAGACUGAGGAUGUGUCGUACGUCUCCAGCCCUUUCGUUCCACAAUGUGUACGCAGUCUAGAAGCGUAUCAACAAUUGUCUUCGAAUGCUCAUCGAGCACUGGAGGCUGCCAGUGGCCAAUCCAACAUCCGCGACACACUAUCCGAAGCUAUUGUACUGGCCAACCCCGUGUGUCUGGUGGGUGAGUGGAUCCCGUUUGGAUCGAACCAAAUCGUCGCUUUGAACGAACGACUCGGGUCUAUGGAUCGUUGUCAAGGUGGCCUAUUCACGUCACUUAUUGACGAUCGUCCCACUGAUACGCAGUUUGAAGUCCCUCCUGGUCUUACAGAAGUUCGUAUUCUCGACUAUGACCCCGUACGAUACAUCAACUUUGAAGCCGAGAUCAAUUUCCCAGAAGACGACGGUAUCGUACAAGUGGAGAAUUUCGGUAUUCACCUCAAUGUGGACGGUACGAUUUUCUACGGGAUCAAAGUGGAUGCCAUCUUGGACAAGCGAGCGGAUCGUAUUUCAGUAGAUUUACUGUCUCGACUGUUGGUUGAUAUUCAUCAGGACUCGUCCGAGAUCAUGGACGAUCUACUGUCUUCGUAUCAAACAAGCUUGUUGGAUAUGGUUUUCCUGGGGGAUAUCGCUAAUCGCGGCAAGUUUAACAUGAUUAUGGCGGACCAGAUCGACCCGUUCAUGCCUGGAUUGGAGUAUAUGGAUCGGGGAGACUUUGAGAAUGAAUUGAAGCAGGUGCUGGGUGACAUUCACUGUGCUUAUGAUAUCGGAGAAGACAGUGUAUAG